CACUUCAGCCAGCACCCGGCCACCAGCGGACAAGAGACGGGUAGCAUGGCUCCAGGAGAGAAGGGAAGGGAGGAGAGCCCAGCCAAGAGCGCCCUCCGGAAGGUACGCACAGCCACUCUGGUCAUCAACCUGGCCCGCGGCUGGCAGCAGUGGGCGAAUGAGAACAGCAUCAGGCAGGCCCAGGAGCCUACAGGCUGGCUGCCUGGAGGGACCCAGGAGUCACCCCAAGCUCCUAAACCAGUCACAUGCCCCACUCCCCGCCAGCCAUCUCAGAGUGCCGCAAAGGCUUCAUCCCCAAAGCCGGAGGGACAUGGAGAUGGACAGAGCUCAGAUGAAGCCGCUGAGGUUUCUCAUAUCAAAAGGAAAGAGGUGACCAAAACAGUGGUCAGCAAGGCUUAUGAGCGGGGAGGGGACAUAAGCCACCUCAGCCACAGGUACGAGGACGGUGACACGCCUGACUCUGGGCAGCCAGAGCAUGACAUCGACAGAAUCCUCCACAGCCAUGGCUCCCCAGCACGGAGAAGAAAAUGUGGCAACCUGGUAUCUGAGCUGACCAAGGGCUGGGAGGUGAUGGAACAGGAGGAGCCCACGUGGCGGAGCGACAGCAUCGACACAGAGGACAGCGGCUAUGGAGGAGAGGCUGAGGAGAGGCCCGAGCAGGAUGGCGUGCAGGUGGCUGCUGCCAGGAUCAAACGCCCCUUGCACUCCCCGGCAAGCAGAUUUACAGAGAAACUCAACUGCAAAGCCCAACAGAAAUACAGCCAAGUGAACAACUUGAAAGGAAGAUGGCAACAGUGGGCUGAUGAACACAUACAAUCCCAGAAGCUCAAUCCUUUCAGUGAAGAAUUUGAUUAUGAGCUGGCCAUGUCCACCCGCCUGCACAAAGGAGAUGAAGGCUAUGGCCGUCCCAAGGAAGGAACCAAAACUGCCGAAAGGGCCAAGAGAGCUGAGGAGCACAUCUACAGGGAAAUCAUGGACAUGUGCUUCAUUAUCCGCACGAUGGCUCGCCACCGACGAGACGGCAAGAUCCAGGUUACUUUUGGAGAUCUCUUUGACAGAUAUGUUCGUAUUUCAGAUAAAGUGGUGGGCAUUCUUAUGCGUGCCAGGAAACACGGAUUGGUAGACUUCAAAGGAGAGAUGUUAUGGCAAGGCCGAGAUGACCACGUUGUGAUUACUCUACUCCAGUGAAACUUGAACAUCAAAAACCAAACUCAACCCACUAUUGUCUUAAUGCUAGAUGCUAAUGUAUUAAUAUUUAAAUUAAAAUGCAAACUUUCUGUAACAAGUUAAAAAAUAUUAAACAAUUUUUACAUAAA